GGCCUGGGUCCCUGAGGCCAGGCGGGUGCGAGUGAAGGGCGCAGGAGGGGUGAGGUUACGUCUCCCUGGAGCCCCGCGCCGCUGGCUUUUCAGCGACUCGCCCGGAGCCUGCGGCCAGAGCCCCAGACCGCGCCGACUGCGCCCGCCUCCGCCUCCCUGCACCGUGCGCCUCGCCCAUGUCUCAGUACGCGCCCAGCUCGGACUUCAAGAGGGCUUUGGACAGCAGCCCCGAGGCCAACACUGAGGAUGACAAGACCGAGGAGGACGUGCCCAUGCCCAAGAACUACCUGUGGCUCGCCAUCGUCUCGUGUUUUUGCCCCGCGUACCCCAUCAACAUCGUGGCUUUAGUCUUCUCCAUCAUGUCUCUGAACAGCUACAAUGAUGGAGACAUCGAAGGAUCCAAACGGCUUGGGAGGAAUGCCAAGUGGGUGGCCUUCGCCUCCAUCAUUAUUGGCCUUCUCAUCAUUGCUAUUUCUUGUGCAGUUCACUUCGCACGAAAAUUGAAACAAUUUAAAAGAUGGAUAAUGUCAAGUGCCUGAGCAGCCAGCAGUCAGCCAGGAGCAUGGAGGACGGACCUCAUCCACACACACCCCAAAGGAGUUUCUGAGGAAUGGAUCCUGACUUCAGACUGUGAGAUCUUUUCCUCCAGGGCUCUCCCUGGCAAAUAAACUAAAAACGAAACGAAAAAAAAAAAUGUCCAAGAUUUAGGAAAACCAGGCAGCAAAGCCAGGUCAGCCUGUGUCAUUGUUUGUUUUUUUUUUUUUUUUUUUAAGAAAGAAAAUCAAGUCUCACUGUUUCAGUUUAUCAAAAGCCAUUGUGUCCAUGUGUCCAUUCCUCUUCUCCAGAGAUAAGCCUCAGAAAAUCUCAUUACUUUUAAUGGGGGAGAGGGGUCCAGAUCCGGAAGGAGAGGGAGGUUCUGGGAAGAGCAAUGGAUGCUGGUGUUUGCGAUGUUGAGCACAUUUGUAGCAUGUUUAAAGUCAUCAAAUAGAGCUGAAUUUGUGGAUUGUUUCCUUUUAUUUUUACAUGUUGUAGCUUCGCUUCAAUCUUCAGUAGCUCCUCCUCCAUCAGUUCCCCAGAGUUCACCAUCCCAUCUUUGAAGACUCCGAUGAAGGAGCUUUCUGGUCUUUUGUCUUGAUCUCACUUUUCGUAACUCCCUCCCACCGACCCCUUCCUUGCAUCCACCCUGGGUGAACUUGACCACAGCCACAGUUUUCACUCAGACUCUGAGAAUGGACUUAGUGGUCAAUUCUAGGUACACGGCCACCUUUCCCAUCCCAGUUUUGGGGAUAUACUGGCUGUGUUUAUGGAAUGUGCUUUUAUUCAAUCUCUCUCUCCCCUCUUUCUCUCUUUAGCAAGUCUCAGGCAAGACCUUUGAUUUUCCUGGAUGCCACCUGGAAAUGCCACCCACUAUUUAUUUUCUGUCAAAUGUAAACCCUUUAGGUGUGACUAUACUGGUUUAACAAGGCCACCAUUAUUCUGCCUUCCAGAAGACGCUGACCCCGUGUGCAAGACAUACCGCUGGUGGUACACAAAGAUAAUUUUCAAGUCAUUUAAAGCCACAACAUUAAGUGACACUGAAUCACAAAGAACAUUUGCCCUUUUCUAUUCUUUUGCAAUCCUGAUUACAGCUCAGAGAAAGUCUCUGUGUAGUGCUCACAGGUCCUUAACACCUUUCUGAUCCUUUGGCUCUUUUUCCUUCUUAAUAAAGAAAGAGCAGGCCUCA